GCUCCAGCGUGUGAUGGGUUGGCCCAAUGGUCGCUGCAUCCAACCUUCCGACCCCCUUGACCAACGGAGAGCUGGUGCAGACCGCCUCACUGAGUGAUGUGCCCGACCACGAGGCCCUCGCGCAGUGGCUCUCAGAUCGAGGCUUAGAUACCUCCGACUGGGGCAAGGAGAACACCAAGGAUGUUAGUAAAUUCUGGAAGGAGAUCAAGCUGAACGAAGCUGGUCUCGAGGUCUGGAGGACAACUGAUGGCUCUUUGCAGCCAGUGAGAACCACCCACGUGCUGCGAGCCAAGGUCACGUCGCCCGACAGAUACCAGCGGGGCAUCUUCCUCUUCAACACCUGGCAGCAGUACGGCGACGGCCGGACACGUACGAGGAACGGCCUCCUAUCGGAGAAGCUCACGACGGACGAGAUGCCUCUGGAGCAGAACCUCCAUGAGGUUUGCCGGCGGGCAGUAACGGAAGAAGAGAUGCAGCGGGUGGUGGAGUCGACCAUGAAGAUUAGUGCCCUAAGACCGGCGCCAACCUACGACCCCAGCUACCAAUGCCCCCUGGAGGUGGUGGAUGAGCAUUUUGUUGAUCACAUCAUCGAGUUGGAGAAGUCCAAGAGUUAUCCAGGACUUCUCACUAUGUAUCAUUUGUACACCGUCGACAUCAUUUGUACUGGGCUGCCUUUGACCGACUUGAACACGCUUGAGUUCGAGCAUCCUGACAAGGAUGGUCAUCGGAAGCUGAAGUACAUCCACGCGUGGGUCUGGCUUGAGUGGCCGCAGAUUCAGCGCUACCUCUUCGAAGGAAGUGAGCUGAAAGAGACCAAGGGGAAAGGCUCCUUUGCAGAUGCGGCCGCUUUGACAACAUGGCUCUCGCAGUUUGAUCUGCAAAUGGAAAGAUGGGGCAAAGGGACCCUGAAGUCCGUGGAGUCACUGCUCAGAGAGAUUGAGAACGAAGAUUCGCAGCUGGAACUCUGGGGCCGCCACGAUGGGGUGCCCAUGUUGAUGCGAGUCACCCACGUCCUGCAGCUCCGGGUAACGUCGCCGGAGCCCAGCCUCAAGGGGAAAUUCCUCUUCAGCUCCUGGGCGGAGUUGCUGAAUGGGAAGCGGCGGGUGACCCACACGCUGCCCGCCAUGAAGCUGACCUUGAAGGACAUGCCCUAUGACCUCCAAAAGUUUAGCACCUCCGCUUCGGCGCUGGUGGCGGAGCAGCUCAGCAACGUCGUGGACAUUCAUUACCGGAUGAACGACAAGACUUCGCUCAGCGACGCCGAGCCCUCGGGAGUACAGGUUCACGAACUCCAAUUUGUGGAACAGCGGCAUGACGUGGAGGAGUCUCCUUCCUAUAGGGGUCUCUUCACCAUGUACCACCUCUACUGUAUGGAGGCUCUAUGCACAGGCCUUCCAAUCAGCGACUUCGCAUCGAUGGACUUGAAGGAUGGGGAGCUUCACAGCCUCAAAGGCUGGACCUGGGCUUCCGCGCAGCGGGUCAUGGACAUCAUGCGGCACCGGUCUUUGGUGUUGGAGCGUGAGCAGGCAGCUGCCAUUGCUCGAUGGCAGAACGUGGGUGAGGAGAGCCUGGAUACCGUGGGGAGGAUGGAUGACUUGCUGAAGCAGUUGGCCGCGAAGCUUCCAGUUGAACAGUCAUGUCACCUGGCAGAGACCCGGGACAUGCUGAAUUCGCUGGAGCAGAAGCUGAUGAACGCCUGCGGCCUGGAGUGUGCGCGUCAUGAUGAAAGCCCCUCCAGCAAUCGUCGCAGCAAGAGCUUUGCUGAGACCCUGCCGCCGUCGAUGCUGGCCGCCAUGGAGAUGUCGAGCAUUGCUUCAGACAAGUUCUUGGAGGAGAAUCAGUGGAAGCAGGUCGAGGCCGAUCCGAAGAAGGAGAGCUGACCGACGUUCCUUGAGCGACGAGGGCUCUUCAGAGCCAUCGGCGAGGCGAAGUUUCACCCUGUCGGAUCUUGUAAACAUUCACAAUAUCACAGAAUAUCUGGGUUGGGGGUUGGUUACAGAGAGCUUGCAUGCACCUGUGCAGAAGCACGGCUGCAAAUUUCAGCAAUUGCCACGAGAGAAUGUGAGGGCCAUGGCAGACAGCCAUGCGGUGGCGAGGCCUGAUUUUCUCACGCACACCAAUAUUUUCUAUGAG